CGAAGAUGUUCUCUUGGCUUUCUGAGUGACAAGUGGGAUCAUUUCUACACUCCAAAAGACCCUCCCUCAUCCACCUCCAUAGUUCCUGCAAGACAGUGACACCAUGACCCAAACACCUUAUGAAAUGGUUCCUGGAAGACACUGAAAUAAUUUAGAAAGAAAACACAAAUUAAAACAAGAAACCUAAAACUUAUUGGGAAUUCACCAUGGGAGAUCCCAACAUCAGCCAGCUGGCUGCGGUGUACGCUGAGACCCCUGGCCACGUGCUGGGAGGAAGUGAGCUGGACCCGUUUACGGAUAACUACGACACAGACUAUGGUAUUCCCGACAACGAGAUUCCCGACACUACGCAGGGCACAGCCUUCUUCGUUGCCACCAUCGUCAUCGCCAUGGUGCUCAUCUGCAUUAUGCUCGUCUGCGGUGUUGGCAACUUCCUGUUUAUCGCUACUUUGGCACGGUACAAGAAGCUACGUAACCUCACUAACCUGCUCAUAGCUAAUCUGGCUAUAUCAGACUUCAUAGUGUCAGUGGUGUGCUGCCCGUUCCUGGUGGAUUACUAUGUGGUGAAGCAGUUGUCCUGGGACCAUGGCCUGGUGCUGUGUGCCUCCGUCAACUACAUCAGGACUGUGUCUCUCUACGUGUCCACUAACGCACUGCUGGCUAUCGCUGCAGACAGGUACAUGGCCAUCGUCCAUCCUCUGAGGCCUCGUAUGAAGUACCAGACGGCCUACUGUCUGAUCACUGGUAUCUGGGUUGUACCCAUCCUCAUCUCCAUCCCUUCUGCGUACUUUGCCUCCGAGACCAUGUACCCUCAUGGUGGUGCCAGCACCUCUCAGAACACCCACAAGACCUUUUGUGCCCAGAUCUGGCCUGUGGACCAGCAGGCCUACUACCGCUCCUACUUCCUGUUUAUAUUUGCCCUGGAGUUCCUUGGGCCCGUUUUUGUCAUGGCGAUAUGUUACGCACGGAUCUCCCGUGAGCUCUGGUUCAAGAGUGUCCCGGGCUUCCAGACGGAGCAGAUCCGGAAGAGGUUGCGUUGUCGGCGGAAGACAGUCAUGGUCCUGAUCGGGAUCCUGACAGCAUACAUUCUGUGCUGGGCACCAUAUUAUGGCUUCACCAUCCUACGCGACUUCCACCCGACGCUCAUCUCCCGCCAGAGGAACUCCCUGGUGGCCUUCUACAUUAUUGAGUGCAUUGCCAUGAGCAACAGUAUGAUGAACACCUUCUGCUUUGUCAGUGUCAAGAACAACACGGUCAAGUACCUGAAAAGGAUUGUGCUGCUGCGCUGGAGGUCCACCUAUGCUCCCAGUAAGACUGUGGACGAGACAGACAUCCGGACGUCCUCCAUGCCGGUGACCGAGGAGGUCGAAUGCAUUCACCUGAGAUGAACGAGGAGACGCCAUUUUGAAACAUUCAGAUCUUGUGAUGUUGUCAGGGAGAUGUCUCUGUUGGUGUUUUGGCACAACAGAAACUUUUACAGAAACAACAGAAACUAAUAUUAAUAUUGUUUUAUGACAUCCUCACACCAUCUCAGUGAUAAUAUACACAGUACUGUUGAAAAGGGACAUUUCACUUCCUGUUUUGGCAGCAUGCAGUGAACACGAGUCGGCGAGUCGGCCAGCUGCUCUUAACAAACAUAUAUUUCACUUCAAAUGUAAGAAGAAAAACUAUGUCUUCUCCUUUAUUCUGCUCAAAAUUGCAGCAAUUAAUCUACUGAUCAAAUAGCCUACAAGCCAUCAGUGCAUUUCCUGAAAAUGAAUAACACACUUCAGGGUUGAUUUUCUCUAAACAGGCGAUCAGUGACACUUCUGUUUGAACAAGCUCUGCUGCACUAAAUUCUGAGAUUGGUUGCACACGUUGGAUAUUAUUGCAAAGCUCAGGAUCUCCUCUUUUCAACAAUACACUGAUGAGUCCAAUAUACCUUACCAGUAAAACGUUAAGACACACCUACUUAUUCAC